AUGCGUAGGAGGACGCCGUUCAAAGCUCCCUCCGUCUUGAGACCAGUCGAUACGCUUGCUGCUGUGCCUGGAACAAGAUCGGGAUACAUUCAAGAAAAGACUAACGGUCGACGCGUUCAAAUCUAUCCACCCAGCACAUUGUCCACCAAGAAUAAGGUCCAUUCGAAUGAUCAUACCACGCCUAACAAGAAACGCAAGACUGUUGACCUACGAGAAGCCGGAGACUCAUCCGCCUCUGCCAUCAGUCUUGAUGACAGUCAGAUGCUCAAUGAUUCCGAGGAUGAACUCGCGCUCAGUAGUUCCAAGCCCCCAAGCCAAAUACGAAAAGGCCCAGUACAAGAACCUCUAGCCUCCAGCGGAUCGCGGCAAUCACCUAUCUCGAUACUCAGGAGUCGGAAUGCCGCCAGUUCAAACCAGACUCAGCGUCAGGAUCGUGAUUAUUCACCCGUGGAUGAGGGCGAUUUCACUAAAGACGCUGCACGACAAAGGAGGGCUGAUAAAGAUAAGAUGCUGGGGAGCUCUCCUGCUGCUUCAAAGCCGUCAGUGCCACAACGCACCUCGCCAUAUUUUCGCCAGAGUGUGCAUGCUGUUCAAGGAGGAACACAUGCCCUAAAACAGGUUCGGCAGAAGGACCCCACCCCAGAGAGUCCUGAUGCCAUUCAAGGCGGCGAAACCAACCCUCAAAGAAGAGCGUCACCAGUAGCUGGUACAGCCAACGAGUCGCGGUCGAGAAGCAGCCUCCGUGGCUCGAGUAUUGGGCAGGGUUUCAAUUCGACCAAAGCCAAACUAUCAGAUCCGCGUGCGAAGAACACCGCUAGCGAAAAGAGUUCGUUCAAGCUUAAUGACCUUCUCUAUCAUAACUUCGCGGACGCAUCGAUCUACACGAUUAAGGUUGACGUUUCAACGAAAGAGAUAUCGCUUCAUACGGAUAGUCCCAUCUUCCCUGAUGAGCCUCUCACCCAUCCUCGUGCAAUCCGCCAAAUAGCGGGAAUUUUUUACGGAGCCGAUGGAUCUGCCCUCGUUCGGUUGCAAUUCAGUGGUAUAGGGCAAGACUAUAUGUUUCUCAGAUUCGACUCCGACAAAUCCGCAUGCGACUUCAUCAUGCUGCUUGCAGAAGCGGUGCCCGGUCUGAAAAUGACUGGUAGACAUGGUGAUUGGAUGGAAGGUGCAUUCAACAGAUUCAAGGCCACGCGUAGUAGCAGCCCCAGAAGAGCUCAAAUAAAUAAUAUUCGAGCGGAAAACAUACUGCCCGCUAGAAUGCAAGAUUCGCCAUCAGGACAUCCGAUCACAGGAGAGAAGCGUGCCCGUCUUAUCGACAAGCUCGAUGCUCCAUCACCUGCCUCAAGACAGCAUACAGUCAUCUCCGGAGCGGAUCACAAAGCAGCGUCUGAACAUGCAGAAGUGGCCCGGGAAAAGGACAGACGGCAUUCUUCCCGAGACUCCACAUCACCUGAAGCCGGUCACCUGAACGUCUUGACACGGAGGAUGACCCGAUCGCAAGACGAAUUGGUACGUAUCCAAGGACGAUCACAAAGCGAGAGCCGAAAUCGAGCUCUUGGCCCACCAUGGAGCAAGGAUCUCGUCUAUCCGCAGCCGGGUCGCAGGGCUGCAAUAGUGCACUUCGACGACUUGGCAAGGCUCGACCAUGAUGGCUUCUUGAAUGACAACCUGAUUCUGUUCUUCAUGCGAUAUCUCGAAACCCACAUGGAGAAAAAUAACCCAGAAGUGUACAAGCGAAUGCAUUUCUUCAACACCUACUUCUACGAAGCUCUCACUAAAAACCCGAAAGCAAAAAAGAACCUCAACUACGAGGCUGUCAGUCGAUGGACAAAGAACAUCAAUCUCUUCAGUCGAGAUUUCGUGGUCGUACCCGUCAACGAGAAUCUGCAUUGGUACGUUGCUAUCAUUUGCAAUCUCCCCUAUUUUCUAGGUGACAAAGGCGACAGUGGGUGGCCGGGGAGCACGAUUGGGAUCGAGCGUCCUAAUGAAGGGGGGGAAGACGAGAGUGAAGAGGAAGCCGAUGCAAAGACAGCAGCGACACAAAAUUCUCUGGCCGACCUCUCUAUUAGUGACGGCGAAAAGGACGGUCAAAUUCCCGCAAAGAGAAAGCGACCUGGACGUCGAAAAGUACCCCGAAGAUCGCUUCCAAAAUACCCCAUCAACAAGCCAGUUAUCAUCACACUCGACUCACUUGGCCAUAGUCGCUCGGCCACAUGUUCACACCUCAGAAAUUAUGUGGCAUUAGAGGCCAAGGACAAGCGAAAUCUAGAGAUCGACCCUGCUGAACUCCGAGGGAUGACUGCAAAGGAGAUCCCUACUCAAGGCAAUUUCAGCGACUGUGGGCUUUUCGUCUGCGUCUAUCUUGAGCAGUUCGUUGCAGACCCCUACAACUUCGUCCGACGAAUUCUGCAGCGUGACGAGAGUGGACAGCAGUGGCCACGAGAAAUCCACAGUGAGGAUUUGAGGUCGAGGCUGCGGGAGCUGAUCUUGGAAAUGCAUCGGAGGCAGGAGAAGGAAUCAACCAAGCAGGACGAGCCGAUCAUUGGUAAUAUCUUAAUCGAAAGGGAAACGCCGUCCCUAACGCCGCCACCAAACCACGAGAAGCCGCCCACAAAGCAAGAUAUUGAAGAGGCGCAAGAGAGGUUUGAGGCGCUUGUGGGUGCUCGAGGCCAGCCGCCCAACCCUCGUGAAGGAUGCGCCGUGCAGCCAAAUCCUCUAGCGGCCGCUCGAGACAGUAUCGAUGCUCUUCAUGCUGUCCCCGACUCUCAAGACCGCUAUGUUGAGAAUGAUGAAGAUGAUAUCAUCAUCAGCGACGAGGUACUCCGAGUCAAGACUGAACAUGUCCCGACAUCACCACCUUUUCGCGAACCACGAGUGAAACAAAGCUCGCCUUCCGCCCCCGCUGCACAAGCCAAAGCAUCUCCCUCAUCUACACAUGCACAUCCUAUGCAGAAAGGCCGUACUCAUUCAAAUCCAGCCGAGCUGGCCGAGCAUUUGCGCGAGGGAAGAGCUGAACACAAUCGGCACAGACGACGUCAGGUGACUCAAAAGAAAAAGAGUCCUGAGAAGACACGCGCAUCUAGGUCGCCAAGCCGCCUGACGGAUGAGCUCCUCUCUGGAGAAAAAUCUUGGCUACCCGGGAUCGAGUCGUUUGCCGCACAAAUCUCAGCCAGUCCAGGACUAGCCACGACCAGGGAGGAGAACGCAAGACGGGCGACACCGGAGAACAUGAGCUCAAGCUCGAGCCCAAGCUCGAGCUCGGAACCAGAGAUCGUUGGUGAACGGAGAGUCUUGCCCGCUAGACAAACCCCGGGAUCGAAGAAACGCAAGCGCGCUUCAGGGAAAGUAGAGGCACCGGAGACUGCUCAAGAUCUGCCGCGAUGUGAAUCCGGUGGGUUCUACGACGAGGCUGAAGCGGAAGUACCCGAGUCCCAGGACGCACAGGCUGGACAUGGAAGAAGUUCGUGGCUAAACUCGGGGGCAUCGAAGAAGUACAAGAUUUGUCGCUGA